AUGGGUUACUGGAAAUCAAGGGUUUUUCCAACAAUAAAGAAAUUGUUUGAGAAAAGCCCAACAAAGAAAUCUGUUGCGGUUGUUGAGGCUAGCAAGAGCUUAACCUUCGAUGAUUCUAAGGAAGCAAUAAACAAGGAGAUUGAGGAGAAGAGGACAGAACUGGAAGCCAAGGCUUUGGUGAGGGAGCCUAAGGAGGAUGGUUUAACGAAACACUCUGCCGAAGUGCACAAAUUCCUCGAGGCACUUGUCGAAAUUGGAUUCCCCGGAUCAAAGGCUGCAUGUGAAACUUCAUCUACCGGUUCUGGACCAGUAACAUUCAUAUUUGAGAAAGUAUGUUUGUUUCUCCCGGCGGUGGAAAAGUCACGAGAGGUAGAAAUUGUGGAGGAAGUCGUGAAAACUGAUGAACCUUUCAAAGAAGAGGGAACUCCAAGUAGUGAAAAAGAGAUAGAAAUAGUUGAAGAGAAGAAAGAAGAGGUUAAUCCGACAUUUGUUCCUGUCCCCGCUGCUGCCGAGGAGAAGAAGCCAGCCGUGGAAGAGGAGAAGAAGGCGGUGGUGGAAGAGAAGAAGCCAUCCACGGAAGAGGAGAAGAAGGCGAUUGUGGAAGAUAAGAAGCUAGUCGUGGAAGAGGAGAAGAAGCCAGCUGUGGAAGAGAAGAAGCCAAUGGAGGAGGUCAAAAAAGAAUUUGUUGCCUCAGUGCAAGUAGCUUAA